AUGUUCAUUGACAUAUUCGAUCAAUUCUAUAUCUCAUUUGCCGCCGUUUCAUCAACAAUCGGCGUCGCUUCCAACAUAUUCCUCCUUUAUUUGGUCUUCUUCAAAAGUCCACCAUUUUUAACACCGUAUACGGUAUUUCUGGCGAACACUUCAAUCUCUCAGCUAGCUUACUCAAUAUGCUUCAUUUUGACAAUUCCACGAGUGAUCUCAAUCAAUUUCCGAAUCGUCAAUAUUUAUUUGGGCGUCUCGCAAUUUUUCGGCCAUUGGUGGAGCUACAUGAUCUUCGUCACAAUGCUGCAUUGCGCUGUCAAUUCAUUCAUCUCAAUCAUGCUCUCAAUGGUCUUCCGGUGCAUCUCGCUGAAAACCUUGAGGUUCCCAACGUCCGCCGCAUUGCUGAUGUGCCUGAUCGCCUAUAUCAUUCCACUCUCAAUGAUUGUUUCGAUAAGAAAUAUUGACUACACCUCGAAUUUCACAAUAAACAAUGAAUAUACUCAUUGGAAGGUGGACAACUUGGAGAAGUACCAAACUGUAGUUGGAACUGACCUGGAUCAAAAGUCAACUAUAUGGAUUAUGAUAUGCGUGAGCCUUCUGUGCAUUCCGAUUUAUAGCGUCAUGUAUUACUGUCGAAAGCGGAUUCUUCUGAUGCUUGAAAAACCGUCAUACGUCUUCAAUACGUCGACGACCAUUCAGAUUCGAAAACUUGUCAAGGCGUUGACAGUUCAAGCCAGCAUUCCGGCGAUUUCUCUGUUUCCAGCCUCGUUGAUUUUUCUAUCGAAUCAUUUUUACGUUCUCGAGACCGAAUGCUUCGGCUAUAUCAUAAUCUCAUUUUUAAGCUUAAGCCCAAUGAUUGAUCCGUUCGUCACUAUUUAUUACGUGCAACCCUAUCGAAAAUUCGUCACGGACCUUUUAUGGAUCGACGAGCAUCCUUCAUCAUCAUCACCAGCCAAUGAUAGAUCGUAUCGAUCUCGUUCCAACAGCAUCUACAUGAUGAGAAACGCGGCUUUCGUCUAA